CUUCCUUGAGUUCAAGUGAGCAGUAACAGCAUGUCAGGGUGGGAGUCUUACUACAAAAAUCAGGGUGAUGAGGAAGAAGAACAAGAAGAGGGUCUUGAAGCAGGUGGAGAUUAUUCAUAUUCAGGAAGAGAUAGUUUGAUUUUCUUGGUUGACACUUCCAGGGCCAUGUUUGAAUCUCAGGAUGAAGAUGAGUUGACUCCUUUUGACAUGAGCAUCCAGUGCAUCCGGAGCGUAUACACCAAUAAGAUCAUAAGCAGUAAUCGAGAUCUCUUGGCAGUGGUGUUCUAUGGUACCAAGAAGGACAAAAAUUCAGUGAAUUUCAAAAAUAUUUACGUCUUACAGGAAUUGGAUAAUCCAGGUGCUAAACGAGUACAGGAGCUUGACAAGUUUAAGGGGCAGGAGGGGAAGAAAUAUUUCCAAGACCAAAUUGGCCACGGCUCUGAUUACUCCUUAAGUGAAGUGCUGUGGGUCUGUGCCAACCUCUUCAGCGAUGUCCAGUUCAAGAUGAGCCAUAAGAGGAUCAUGCUUUUCACCAAUGAAGAUGACCCCCACGGUGACGACAGUGCCAAAGCCAGCCGGGCCAGGACCAAAGCUGGGGAUCUCCGGGACACUGGUAUCUUCCUUGACUUGAUGCACCUAAAGAAACGUGGAGGCUUUGACAUAUCCUUGUUCUACAGAGAUAUUAUUGUAGCAGAGGAUGAGGACAUAGGGAUUCACUUUGAGGAGUCUAGCAAGCUCGAAGACCUGUUGAGGAAGGUUCGUGCCAAGGAGACCAGGAAGCGUGUGCUCUACAGGUUGAAGCUUAAACUCAACAAAGAUGUAGCUCUCACUGUUGGCAUUUAUAAUAUGGUCCAGAAGGCUUACAGACCUUCUCCAGUGAGGCUUUAUCGUGAAACCAAUGAACCAGUGAAAACCAAGACCCGGACAUUUAAUGUAAAUACAGGCAGUUUGCUUUUGCCUAGUGACACCAAGAGGUCCCAGAUCUAUGGGCAUCGCCAGAUUGUAUUAGAGAAAGAGGAAACAGAAGAGCUUAAGCGGUUUGAUGAACCAGGUUUGAUUCUCAUUGGUUUCAAGCCCUUGAUGAUGCUGAAGAAGCACCAUUACCUGAGGCCCUCCCUGUUCGUGUACCCCGAGGAGUCCCUGAUAAAUGGGAGCUCAACUCUGUUCAGUGCUCUGCUCACCAAGUGCCUGGAGAAGGAGGUCUUGGCUGUGUGCAGAUACACACCGCGCCAGAACACCCCGCCUUGUUUUGUGGCCUUGGUGCCACAAGAAGAGGAGCUGGAUGACCAGAAAAUUCAGCUGGCUCCCCCAGGCUUCCAGCUCGUCUUCUUGCCCUAUGCUGAUGACAAACGGAAGGUGUCCUUUACCGAAAAAGUCAUGGCCAACCCAGAGCAGGUAGACAAGAUGAAGGCUAUUGUUCAGAAGCUCCGCUUCAAGUACAGAAGUGACAGCUUUGAGAACCCAGUCUUGCAGCAGCACUUCAGGAACAUGGAAGCCUUGGCGCUGGAUUUGAUGGAGCCUGAGCCAACUGUGGACCUGACAUUGCCCAAGACUGAAGUAAUGGAUAAAAGACUGGGCUCCCUUGUGGAUGAGUUUAAGGAACUUGUCUACCCACCAGAUUAUAAUCCUGAGGGAAAAGUAACCAAGCGAAAACAAAAUGACGAAAGUUCUGGAAGCAAAAGGCCCAAGGUGGAGUUGUCUGAAGAGGAGCUGAAGGCCCACGUCAGCAAGGGCACGCUGGGUAAGCUCACCGUGCCCGCACUGAAGGAAGCCUGCAGGAUGUAUGGGCUGAAGGGCGGGCUGAAGAAGCAGGAGCUGCUCGAUGUCCUCACCGAGCACUUCCAGAAGGCCUGACCAGAGAGCAUACAGCCAGCCACCCUUCCACAGCGUAGCCAGGCUGCCCGGUUUUGUUUAUAUCAAGUCAAAGCCUUUCUUCUGAUCCAGGACGAGUCUGCGUGACAGAACUCAAGAACUUGGUUUAUGAGACUUUCUGUUGCCAUGGAGAUAGCCCGCCCUCUCAUUUUGCUGUGCCUUACUCUACUGUCUGAAUAAAGAGCCUAACUUUGUACUA